AUGGAAUUUGCCGAGAAAAUCCCCGUUAAAGUACCACAAAUAGUCAUGGUGGACAGAGCAAAGUAUAUGAUUUACCACAAAGACCCUGCAGGAAACACUAUCAAGUUUUUCAACUACAGCCGCACACCACUGCCCACAAUGGUGGGUGACCAGGUGGCCUGUACGGCCCACUGGAAGGACUUUAAGGCCAGGCCGGACGAUAUCUACAUUUGUAGAUACCGAUACUCUAAAUGCGGAACUAACUGGACCUGGGAAAUCAUUAAAAUGUUGUUGUCGUCGACCACUGAAUACAUGAAGGAGAACAAGAUGAGUACGAUGAUGGAAAUACAAGACCUGGAUGCCCUGGAUGCCAUGAGCUCGCCUCGAGUUCUCAACACGCACCUUGUUGUGCAUCAGCUCCCUCCAGACGUCCUUGCCAAGGGCUGUAAGAUCCUCUAUCUGCUCCGCAACCCCAAGGACGUGACCGUGUCCGGUUUCUACCAUCAUAGAAACUUGGUCAAAGUUUACGACUACCACGGUGACUGGUCGAACUAUUUCCAUCUUUGUUUGGAAGGAAAAGGUGAGUCACGUCUGAACUUCACUGACGAGGCAAAAAAACUUGCCGAACUAAUGGGAGUCCAACAAAAUGAUGACUUUUUCCAGCGACUGGCUCAAAGAUGUGACAUAAAGAACAUGAAAGCUGCCAAACAGUCGACGUUUUCUUCUGACGAGCACGCCUUGUGGAGGGACGGUGAGGCGCGCUUCCUACGCAAAGGGAUCACUGGGGACGGGAAACGCCAUUUCACCGUGGAGCAGAAUGAGCGGUUCGACGCCGUGCUGAAGCAGAGGCUAAAGGGUAGCCAUCUCAAAUUCAUACACGAACCCUGA